CUACCAUAACCUCACUAUAACGAUGCUGUCACCACCACAAACAACACCCAAAACAACUAAAACAGCUUAAAAACACACAUAGCCACAUCAACACCACAAAAACACCACCACAACACCACGAAAUCACCAACAAAAUAAUGCCAUCACCACAACCACUCACAAUAACACCAAAACAGCUUAGAAAAACACCACUAAACCAGAAUAAUGACACCACUACAAGCACGUAAAACCACAACACCACACAAAACAGCUUAAAAAAGCCCAUAUAAACACCACUAGCCACUCACAUACACCCCAAGCAUCGGGUGUGUGUGUGUGUGAGUGUGUGUGUGAGGGAGAGGGACGUGGUGGUGGGGCGGGCGGCUGGCAGAGAGUGGUCACCGUGGCGGGGUACUUCUCCAUGCAUCUACACCCCGAAGCGUGUGUCAAUGCAAAAAGCGACUGUUCCAUUCUGUCGCUGUCCUGGAUGGGAAGGGUGCCGGACGAUAUGCCAGAAGAUGAAGGAUGGAAGCUGAACCGCGUGCAUUACUACCAGGAGGGAUGGCUGGCCACAGGGAACGCGCGAGGCAUUGUGGGAGUCACCUACACCACGUCGCACACCAAGAAACCAGCUGACAUUCCGCCCAGGACGAAUUAUAAUCUCAGAGGACAUCGUGCAGAGGUGACGCUGGUGAAAUGGAACGAGCCCUACCAGAAGCUCGCCACGUGUGACUCUUCGGGGAUCAUCUUCGUGUGGAUUAAGUAUGAGGGGCGGUGGAGCAUUGAGCUGAUAAAUGACCGCAACACUCCCGUCACGCAUUUCUCCUGGAGUCACGAUGGCAGGAUGGCGCUCAUAUGCUACCAGGAUGGGUUCGUGCUGGUGGGGUCCGUGGCAGGGCAGAGGUACUGGUCUUCAAUGCUCAACCUGCAGAGUACCAUCACCUCGGGGGUCUUCACGCCGGAGGACCAGCAGGUGUACUUCGGCACCACGUCCGGCCUGGUGAUCGUGAUGGAUGUACACGGCGCCAUGGUGUCUCAGGUGCCUCUCCUGGACGACACCGCCAUCACACACCUCGCCUGGUCCUGCCCGAAGUUCAAGAUGGAGGAGAGUGAUGAAAAUUCCACGGCUACCAAGACUGGCAGUGAAAGCACCUCUCUCCUCGCUGUCGUGUUUCAAACUGGCCUGGUCUACCUCCUGCGAACUCACGACGACCUCACACCCACGGUCAUAAGGACUGGACUGAGAGGCGUGCAGGUGGAGUGGACAAACUCAGGUGAGCUGCUGGCCGUGGCGGGACACCUGCCUGACGAAGGGUGCACCGUCGGGGCCGCCACUGCCAACCCCGUCAGGAAUGUGGUCAAAUUUUACACCCGCAGCGGUACAGUCCGGUACACGCACCACCUUCCCUUGGGCCAGCACCCAGUGACGGCACUAACCUGGGGGCACAACGACAAGCGAGUGUUCGUGGCUACAGGGAUGCACCUCCACAUUGGCCGCGUGUCCCGUCGAGUGGCCUCCCUGCAGCUGCUGUGUCGCCUGGCCAUCAAGAGCAGAGUGGCCGAGGAAGAUAAGGUGGCUCGAUUACCCCUGCCUAGACGACUCAAGGCGCUGGUUACCUCGCUCUACACGCAGACUAUCCGGUGUUACAUCCCAGACGCGAGACAGCUGCGUGAGUUCGUGACAAGACCCCCGUGCCCCAGCCAGCGUCUUCACUGCACCAUGAUCCGCCACGACGAGGACCUGGUGCCCACGCCCGGCGCCUGCUACAUCUACCUGGAGUACCUCGGGGGCCUCGUGCCGCUCCUCAAGGGCAAGAGAACCAGCAAGAUAAGGCCGGAGUUUGUUAUCUUCGACCCGCAAGUUGACGAGGUGUUUGGCAAGGACGGCAGCGGGGGCGGGUGCGGGGUGGGCGGAGGCGUGGCUGGGGGCGUGGCUGGAACACUCCCCAACGGCCACCCUGCGCUGAGUGACACAUCAGACACGGAAUACGAGGACAUGUGCGCCUCGCCAAGACUGCAGCGACGGAGGAAGCUCAAGAGAAGGAUCCGAGAGCGUCUGGAGAGCGAGACUGACGAGCUGGUAUACCUGGACACGCUGCCUGAGCAACACCGUUUAGUGGAAGUCACGUCAAACAUCUGGGGCACGAAGUUCAAGUUACACGGGGUCGCCUCCUCCCUGCCCGCCAAUCUCGGACAAGUCACCUACAAGACUUCACUCCUUCACCUGCAGCCGCGUCAGAUGACCCUCGUGAUCACUGAGCUGCGAGAAGACAUACCGCCAAGACCUGACCCUAAUUUUAACCCCAAUGUGUUCUCCGAGGACGAGGAGGAGCUGGCUGACCGCCUGGCAUCGCGGCGCCCCCAGGACCACUCCACAGACGUGCCGCCCAUCGCGCCCAUGACUCCACGACGCACGCCCUCCUCUUACUCCCGCCAGGGGCUGCAUACCACGCCCUGGGAGGUAGCGGCGCCCCCCAGACCAUCGCAGGACGCGGGGGGCACGGAGGGUGAGGAGAGCGGCCCCGGGGAGUCAGAGAAGGGGCUAAUGCAGGAGUUGGAGGAGCACCCCUAUGUAGACCUCGCCACGCCGGAGAUGCUGCAGCUGCGGGAGGGGCUGAGAGCGGAGAUGAGGAGCGAGGGCCACGUGGCGCUGCACCUCCCGCCCCAACAGGUGCACCUCCCCACCUCCCUCCCCCAGGAGCCACACAUGUUCUCCGUGAUGCGUGGCUCGGCGCCCUCCAGCCCCCCAAAGCACUCCGUCAGCGCCUUCUGCUGCGACCCCGCCACGCUGCAGUCCCCCAAGAACACCGUGGCGCCCACGCCCAUCGUCACCCGCACCUCGCCCGCCGCCGUGCUGGAGAUACACGAGGCGGGGAGUACCAGAGGGCUCUACAAGGCGGGGGUGCCCUCCCCCUCCCCCAGCCCCGUCCCCCUGCAGUCCAGGUCACGGGCGGAGGAGGUGCGUCUCGUGGCCAUCGACAACGUCCUCCUCCACCACUUCGUCUCCUCCUCCACCUCCUCCUCCACCUCCUCCUCCGCCUCCUCCUCCUUCACUCAUCACUCUUCCGCCGCCGCUGCCGCCGCCGCUACUGCUGCUGCUGCUGCUCACCACCACCACCACCAGCACAGCAGCAGCAGCAGCAGCAGCAGCAGCAGCAGCAGCAGCUCAGGUAGUAACAGCAGCAGCGGCAACAGCACUCAUCGCAGCCCACAGCACGCACAGGGCACCACCACCACCACCACCACCUCCACCACACCACCGCUGGGAGUCACCACCACCACCACCACCACCACCACCAGCAGCGGCGUAGGGAGCAGCUGCAAUUUACGAGGCGACAUGAUACGAUACAUAGACGAGGAGAGCGGGGAGAGUGACAGCCGCUCCUUCACGCCCUCCCCCGCCCGUAGCAGCCGCCCGAACACCCACGCCAACGCCCCCAGAGCCCGCAGUAAGAGCGUGGGCCACCUACACCACCUCGACUGCCAGCUUCCUCAACUUCACCAGAUGAGAAACAUUGAUGCUUUCCUGGCGUUCAGAACCUCAGGCUGCCUCAUGGACUCGCCCAAGAAGAGACAAGUCGGUGAGAGUGAGUGGAGGCGUCCCUGUUUAGCGGACUGUGGCAAGAGUAGAAGCCUGGACUCCUCACCACUGAUCCUGAAACGCCUCCACCACCACCACCACCACAACCACCACCACCACCACCACUACCACCACUACCUUACUAAACCCACCACCACCACCACCACUACCGCCGCCGCCACCACUAUCGCUGCCGCCACCACCACCACCGCCACCACUACUACUGCUGUGAGUGCGUCGACCGUCAUCACCACCACCACCACCGCCUCCACCACCGUCACCACCGCUGCUGUGGAUCUUCAUAACCAAAGUAGAAGUUAUUAUGAGAGACAGCAGAAGAAUUUAACUAGAACGUUGAAGGAGAGUGUGUUGGUGGAGCGCCUUGCCGCCCUACAGAGGGAGACACAGCCGCCGCCCACGCCUCGCCACCAAGCCACGCCCGAAGCCGCCCGCCGCCUCAACACGCCCAUCCACACGCCCACUAUCGCCGCCGCCGCCCACGCCAGCAAGAGCAUUCCCUCCACGCCCGUUAAGACCAGGAAGGCGCGGCGACACCAGUCCUCCUCCCCCAUCAGGAAACACCUCCUCAACUCUCCGCUGCUGUCCCGCCGUCGCCAACGCCGCGGCACCGUGGAGAGCAGUGACGACGAGGUGCUGCACUGCUCCAGUGACGCCGAGGUGCUCUGCUCCUCCUCCAACUACCGCGACCUGGAGACCUUCCAGAAGACACAGCUCAGGAACAAGCUGAGGCGUUCGAGGGGCAGGAAUGACGGUAGCGGGGGCAGCGGCGGGGAGAGCUCUGGGUCCUCCACACCGCGGCACCGCCAGUACGUGAUGCACAACAAGGCGCCGCUGUGGAACGAGAACUCCCAAGUGUACCAGCUGGACUUCGGUGGCAGAGUAACGCAGGAGUCAGCCAAGAACUUCCAGAUUGAGUUUAAGGGGAAGCAGGUGAUGCAGUUUGGUCGCAUAGAUGGCAAUGCUUACACGCUCGACUUCCAGUAUCCGUUCAGCGCUGUGCAGGCGUUUGCUGUAGCGCUGGCCAAUGUCACACAGCGGCUUAAAUGAUAUAGGAUGCACCCAGAAAGACAGGCCACCCAUAGUCACAGCGUGGUUGUCUUAGAGUUCUGGUAACGCCGUCCCGUAUAGACACCCCGCCCUACCACACUACCACACCACCACCACCACCACAUACCGCAGCGAGGAGCAACACCCCUCACCACAGCAAGCCCAGGACCUCCCCAACACCACACCACCGCAGCUUCUACCUCCCCGUGCCCCCAACACACCUGGAGGGGGACACAGCACCCCAAAGCUUUACAUUUCAGUUCAUUUGUGUUUCUCUAUUGUUUUUCAUCGCCUCGAAUGCUUUUUGCUGCUGCCACUACUGCUGCUGCUGCUGCUACUACUACUACUACUAUUACUGCUGAUGAUGAUACUGAUACUGAUGCUGCUGUUGUUGUUGUUGUUAUACUCAGUUUUUCGCGUGUAGG